GCGGCGCCCCACUACGCUGCUUGUUUUCUACGCACUUCGUCGCGAUGUUUGAUUUUAAUGGAAAUUUCCACUCGAUCGACAUCGUCAAAAACACUCAUUCACAUUAGUUUUAUUUAAAAUAUCGCUAUUUAAACUGCACCCGGAUCGUCAGAGGAGAUAAACGAAAUCAUAGUCGUGUUUUCUAACGGAAUAAUCCGUGUUUGUACAGAGUGUCAUUCAGAUCCUCGUUACAGAGAGUUUGUUUAUCAUCGAGUAUAGUCGAUAAAUCGUCUGUAAUGGAGUAUCACAGUGUCGGUCCAGGAGGAGUGAUUGUCACUGGUAAUAAUGUACCUGCGUUUCUCACUAAACUCUGGACGCUGGUGGAAGAUCCGGACACGGAUCCGUUAAUCUGCUGGAGUCCUAAUGGCAACAGCUUCCAUGUGUUCGACCAGGGCAAGUUUUCCAAAGAGGUUCUUCCGAAAUACUUCAAGCACAAUAACAUGACCAGUUUUGUUCGACAGCUCAAUAUGUAUGGUUUCCGUAAAGUUGUCCAUAUCGAGCAAGGUGGACUGGUAAAACCGGAGCAAGACGACACGGAAUUCCAGCAUCCGUAUUUCAUCCGCGGUCAGGAGCACCUGCUAGAGAAUAUUAAGAGGAAGGUCACAACAGUGUCUAAUAUUAAACACGAAGACCUGAAGUUCAACUCGGACGACGUGUCUAAAAUGAUCACAGAUGUGCAGCUCAUGAAGGGCAAGCAGGAGUCCAUGGAUUCCAAAAUCGGCAGCCUCAAACAUGAAAAUGAAGCUCUCUGGAGGGAAGUGGCCACAAUGAGACAGAAACACGCCCAACAGCAGAAAGUCGUCAAUAAGCUAAUUCAGUUCCUGAUCACACUGGCACGGUCCAACAGAGUCCUCGGAGUGAAACGAAAGAUUCCCCUGAUGUUGAAUGACAGCAGUUCCACACACUCCAUGCCCAAAUACUCACGGCAGUACUCACUGGAGUCGUCCCCAGCUAUCUCUCCCUCCAGCACACCUUUCACUGGAACGAGUGUCUUCAACUCUGAGUCGCCUGUCAAGACUGGACCGAUUAUCUCUGACAUCACCGAACUGGCACAGUCCAACCCCGUGGCCACUGAGGAGUGGAUUGAGGAUAGAACAAUCCCAUUGGUUCACAUUAAGGAGGAGCCGUCUAGCCCCGCCCACAGCCCUGACGUGGAGGAGGUGUGUCCUGUUGAAGUGGAAGUCGGGGCGUUGUCAAGCAUACCUGCAGACACGCCCCUUUCCCCGAUAACCUUCAUUAACUCAAUUCUUCAGGAGAGCGAGCACGUCACCGCGCCGACACCGCCCCCCGUCGAACAGAAGUGUUUGAGCGUUGCCUGCUUGGACAAUUAUCCUCAGAUGUCUGAGAUCUCUCGCCUUUUCUCCAGCUUCUCCGCCUCGUCUCUCCACCUCAGGCCUCAGUCCGGGACUGAACUGGUUGAUCAUUUAGAGACCAUCGACUACGGACUCGACAACCUUCAGCAAAUCCUGAACGCUCAGUCCAUUAACUUCGACACCUCGCCCCUUUUUGAUAUUUUUUCAUCAUCUUCUGCCGAUGUGGAUCUGGACACCCUGGCUAGUAUCCAGGACCUGCUGUCACCUGAACCAGUCAACACAGAAUGUGCUGCGGAUUCCAGGAAUUCAGGCAAGCUGCUGGUCCAGUACACGGCUCAGCCCGUGAUUCUACCCGACCCCAUCAAUACUGAGACCACCGGUACAGAACUGCCCAUUCUUCUGGAGCUGGAGGACAGCGACUCCUGUUUUGGGCCAGAACCAGCAGACGACCCGACCAUCUCCCUUCUUAACUUCCAGUCCCCUGUACCCGAAGACCCCAAACUAUCAUAGAGAGAGCAACUUUUAUAAAGGGAUUUAUGUCUGUGUGGGGGUUUUUAAAAAAUGUUGUUCUUUUGCGUUUAAUUUUUUUGGUAAUUUAUUUAACAUGUCAGGGCAAGCCAUGUGAAUAUUACUCUGGUAUCUUCUCUUCUCUUUUAGUCAGGUGGAGAAAAUAACUGUUUAAUUCUCUAAAAGCAAUAGAGAAAAUUCAGUAUUCAUUGAAAUUCUGUUACAGAAUCGUCACAUCAAAAUAAGAUUUCAUUUGUUGCAAAGUUUGUAGUUUCUUUGUUAUUCAGGCAGUGUGAUGGCUCCAACAACUAAAUGUGAACAACAUUUAACAGAUGAAAAAAUCAAUUUAUUGACCAUGUUUUGUGUGUUGGAAUGAAUUUACACCGAUACAAUUAGAGAUCUCUAUGAUAAGGUGUUCUCUUGCAGUUCUUCAAUGCAAACCUUAAAAAAAAAACCUUGUUGAUUCGAGUCUGGCUUGUGGCGCACACGCAGUCUUCAGUUUUUCCUUCUGUUGUGGUUGAAAAUUCAUCCUCAUUUAAUCCGAUACGUCACUCUUUGACACCCAGUUGUCGUUCUGCCGACUACGCCAAAUUUUGAAUUUCCUGGAGAUUUAUUUUCAGUAUAUAUUUGAAUGGGAUUCUGGUUGUAUUAUCUCAUGGAUAGUGAGGUUAAAGCAAAAUAUAGAAACCAUUUAGCUACAGUUUAUUCCGAUAACCUCACCUAAACUGCAAAACAAAGUCUGUCUCAUUGGACUACAAUGAAACACGAGCCUAACAUAAACGGACGUCGCAAAUCAACAUUUUAAACCUGUCUAGCAUCUCACCCACUGUCUUCAAAGACAUCGCUGUUAGUCAUCAUAUAAUGUCGGAUGUUGGUUAGUUAUGAUGGGUUUGCAUUGACAAUGCCAGUUAAAGGUUCAUAUGUAGUCUCAGAAAAGAGUUUAAAGAAACGUCUUGUACUAAACAUCUUCUCUUGCUGUGUAAAAAAAAAAAUAAACAAAUAUACAAAAUAGCUAUAUAUACGAGACUUACACAUAUAUGCGAAUAUAUAGAGUUUGGGGUCUAUAUAAAUAAUGCAUUUGUUCUGACAAAGCAAAUAACUUAAAAUGUGCAUUUGACUGAAUUACAUAAGCGGUGUAAUGUUUAAUGAAAUUCAAUUUGUAUGCAUUGAUUGGAGUGUCUGAUGGAAAUCUGAUUUAAAGACAUUGUGCAAUAAUUCAAGUCCUAACCAACUUUGACAUUGACUUUGGUUUCCUUUAUCUUCUUUUAUAUAUUUUUUGUUUUUAAAAUUGGAUAUUGAAAUACCAAAUUGAAAUUGUAUUUUGUGUGUGUGUGAGAGAGUGAACUGAACACAUGCUAGGCCUAUUGGUCAAAAUGUUUAUUUUUGAAUGAUCAUUGAGGUAGAGGAACUGGGAGAAGAAUGUCAACUGUUCAUGAAUCUGAUCAUUUUCUGUAACAUUUUAGUCAUUGGAUGACUGUCACAACCAGAGAGACAUUAAUAUUAGACAUAAAUUAUUUUAUUACGCAUGUGAACAACACUUUGUGUAUUGGUAUGUUUCAAAUAAAACAUUUUUGGAAAUUA